CCAGCCCUUGUGUGGGACUCCAUUUUCCCAGCCCCAAAGUCUCCAAGGAAGGGGCCGUGGGAGCGCGCAUCCAAGAUGGAAUAGACCCGAGUUCUUUCUCCAAACGUCGCCCUUUUUGCGCCGCCGCUUGCAAAACCGUCUUUUGUGCGGACGCGACUUCUUCGCCUCGGGGCUUGCUCGGAAUGGAUGAGCAAGGGAGGUUGAUCCAAGCCCGGGGGGCGGUGGGGCUCCCGGGCCACCCCUCGGUGCAAGGGGUCCAAACCAUGACCCCCCACUCUCUCCACGAGCCCCCCUCGGAUAACGGGGAGCCGCGGAAACAAGACAUCGGCGACAUCCUCCAGCAAAUCAUGACCAUCACCGACCAAAGCUUGGACGAAGCGCAGGCAAAUUUAAACUGCAGGAAACACGCACUGAAUUGUCACCGUAUGAAGCCGGCCCUUUUCACCGUCCUCUGCGAAAUCAAAGAAAAAACAGGACUCAGCAUCCGGAGUUCACAGGAGGAGGAACCUGUGGACCCGCAGCUGAUGCGUCUGGAUAAUAUGCUCCUGGCCGAGGGGGUGGCUGGACCCGAGAAAGGGGGGGGCUCUGCUGCCGCUGCCGCUGCUGCUGCCGCCGCAGGAGGGGUGUCUCCGGAUAACUCCAUUGAGCACUCCGACUAUCGCAACAAGCUUUCCCAGAUCCGCCAGAUCUACCACUCGGAGCUGGAGAAGUAUGAACAGGCCUGCAACGAGUUCACAACCCACGUGAUGAACCUGCUUCGGGAGCAGAGCCGGACGCGCCCUGUGUCCCCCAAGGAGAUUGAGCGCAUGGUCAGCAUCAUCCACCGGAAGUUCAGCUCCAUCCAGAUGCAGCUGAAACAGAGCACGUGCGAGGCGGUCAUGAUCCUGCGCUCCCGCUUCCUCGAUGCCAGGCGGAAGCGACGCAAUUUCAGCAAACAGGCCACAGAGGUGCUCAAUGAGUAUUUCUACUCGCACCUGAGCAACCCCUAUCCCAGCGAGGAGGCCAAGGAGGAGCUUGCCAAGAAAUGUGGCAUCACAGUCUCACAGGUCUCAAACUGGUUCGGGAACAAGCGCAUCCGCUAUAAGAAGAACAUCGGCAAGUUCCAAGAGGAAGCCAAUAUUUACGCCGUGAAAACGGCUGUCAGCGCCGCACAGAGUGGGGGCGACUCCCCCAACACCCCCUCCUCCGCGGGCUCCGGUGGCUCCUUCAAUCUCUCCAGCUCUGGGGACAUGUUUAUGGGCCUUCAGGGUCUAAACGGAGACUCCUAUCCUACAUCACAGGUGGAGUCAAUGCGUCACUCCAUGGGACCCGGUGGCUAUGGGGACAGUAUGGCUGCCAGCCAGAUGUACAGCCCACGAGAAAUGAGGGCCAACGGCGGCUGGCAAGAAGCAGCCACUCCAUCCUCUGUGACCUCCCCAACGGAAGGUCCUGGCAGCGUCCACUCCGACACCUCCAACUGAUCUUGCUGUGCCGUGCCCCCUCCCCCCUUUCAUGUUCCUCCUGGCUCCAGGGAAGAGAAGAAUGCCAGUGCUGAACUAGGCUGGGCAGGGAAAGAACUCUUUUCGCUGCCAGAGGACUGUUGCAUCAUGGUGCCGGGGAGGGGGAGGGGAUCCAAUACAGCACCUCUUGGGAUUCAAGAUGGCAGUGCUCCAUGGGGAAGAUAAUUGAAGAUGUGAUCCAAGAUGGUAGUCUUUCCAUGACCCUGAUCCGCACACCUCUUAGUAACCACGCUGCGACUCUAGAAAUGGUGAAGGGGACCCAAUAGGGUGACACAGGUGGGAGGUGGGUGGGGAGGGAGGGGAGGGGAUAUCCCAAAUGGCUUACCUACUUGGAGGGGUUGGGGAGGGGCUGAGCUAAUGUGGCACCUGCAACCUAUAUCAUAAUCUGCUGGAUCAGUCUCAUAGAGCCUGCCUGGGAGGGCCCCAGAUGGCAUCUCGCUGCUGAACGUGGAAGGCUAUUCAAGAUGGCAGCACCGAUGAGUCUCUUGGUAGCAGAAUGAGCAAAGACGUUUGCCGAAUAGGGCUUAAGUUGGCAUCUCUCCAUGAUGGGAUGAUUCCAAGAUGGCAAAACUGUGGCGUCUUCCUGUCAAGUUUAAACAUGACACGUAUAAACAGGAGAAACAAUCAGAGACAUGGAUCCUGUUCAGACCCAAGAUGGUAUCUCCUCCGGUGGCGUGUUGAUCGAGGACAGCGGCAUCCCUUAGGGAAUCUUGCUACAGGAAAUGAGCAUACGUAUUGGUGCGAAGAUUGUGCGAAGUCAAGGUGAUAGCCCCUGCCUGGGGUAAACAAUCCAAUAUACCUCUCUAUAUGAAUAGUUUCCCUGGGUGUGGAGAUCUAAGAUGGCCGCCAUCUGAAAGGGGAGAUUUUCUCUGGGGCGUAGUCCUGAGGAGAAGCUGUUGGGGGCUGAGCUGUUGCCCCUUCCAUUAGAGAAAGAGACCGAACAUAAGAUGCUACCUUUACCAGAAAGAUAGUGGUGAUGAGUUUCCAAAAUGAUAGUUCAAGGUACUAGGGGAAGUAUUAAUAAGCACAAACUUCUGAUCUGUGCCUGACUGGAUGCUUCGGAAUAAGAGAGAAGAGUUAAACUCACUCUGCCUGCCUCAAUCCUGAUCUUCUACCCUGCCUAUUUUAGUUUUUUAAAAAUUCACAUUGUCAGUAACACGUUAAUGUAAUGUGUAUCUUUAAUUUUUUUCUCAGGGACCCAUGGGGUUCCUUUGAAGUGUUUCCACAGUGAGAAGAUCAGUAGUGAUGGAGAAGUAUCCUUGAAAGACAAUUUGCCAAAUAGUACCCAACCGGGCUGCAAAGUGUAGCCACAAGAGUAAACAGGUUCUCAUGAUCAUGGAGGGGGAAAUAAGCCGUGGUCUGUUGUAGGGUUCUGGGGUGGCUUGUUAACCAUAGCAACAAGCCACUCUUGACGGCUUCACACAACACAGCAAGACAAUAGUGAGGCUGAUUAUGUAAAGUCCCUGGCACAUGCAGCUCGAUCGUGUGAACAGGCCCAGCGUGUGUCGGUGCUGGGGUUAGUUUAGGGCACACUCCCAGUUCACAAAGUGUAAUGUGAGGGUUGCAUAGGCCUGGCCAGUGCCCUGAGUGGGUGUCGUAGAACACAUACCAGAGCCCUCUGCAAUAUGUAGGGGCUCUGUGACAGAUGUGAAUGGGUUCCCUGAAGGUGAAAAAAGGAUGGAAACCCUACAAUAUCUGAUGGUGAAAUUGCAUUUCUCCAAGAACAGCAUAUUGUGUUUGAAUGUUCUGGCAGUGUGAUAUCGCAACAGAAGUACAGCCGUGAGGGAAGCCACGUGGACUAUACACAAAAUUAGUAAUAAAUGUCAUGUAUUGAGCAAAACAACAACACCCAAAACCCUGAUUGUGCAGAAAACCUCCUGGAUGCCCUUUGCACUCCUUUAGUCCAAUAAGGGAGGCAUCUUGGGAAAAGGGGUUGAACAAACCAGAAAUGUUACUUAUCAUAGCUGCAUCUUCAGGAUUUUCUUUCUCUCUACCCACCUUUUGCCCCUAUGAAUCCCAACACAAAGGAGAUACAGCUGGUUCUAGGGAUGGAAAUCAUGUGGCCCAAUUGGGGAGGUAGUUGAUAUUUUCCCCACCACGAUGGAAAUAAUAAUACACAUGUGUAAAUAUUUUGGUGUAGAGAGUGAAUGACCUGAAUGAGAGAGGCAGAACUAAGGAGAGGUGAAGUAAAACCCACAACAGAAAGAAGAAUCGAUGGUGGAAAACACAAACUGGAGGAGAUAGAUACUGAAAGUAUUGAGGAAUAAGAUCUGGGUGGAAACCAGAGAUGAUGGGAAGAUAAACCACCUAAAAUCUCAUGAAAGGAAGAUGUUAACUAAGGAUGAUUAAGUUAACCUAAGGGCAGGAAUGUUAACUAGAAAUGUAAAACUGGCAAAAAGAGAUUAGGGGCUGGAAAGGGGGGGGGGAAUUAGAACGGUAGCGUCAAGAAGUAUAGAGAGUGUAGAAAAGAUCCAAUAGAAAUAACUGAUGAAAAACAAAAUUGGUAGCACCUUUUCACUAGAGGAAAAUGAGAUUUGAUUCGAAGAAAGCUCUUGGUGAGCAUGAGAAGAUACCGAUAUAAGACUCAAAGGAGGAAUGUGGAUAAAGACAGAUAAUCGUAAAAGAAAGAAAAGGAAUGGUGAAAAGGCCUAGUUAUGAAAGGUGCCAAUACUGACGGGAUUCACGCCAAGAGUGAAUGUUCAAGUGUGACAUGCACAAGAGUUCUGAUGGUGUAAGAGACCUACUAGGAGCAACAUGGACCCACAGAAACAUCCAACUGGCUCUCCCCCCUCGCUCACAGGAGGGCUCCAUGCUAGUCAGUCCAAUAGCUUUAUUACCUCAUGGCGCGAGAAACCAAUAGAGACUUGGGACAGAGACUUUUUGAACCUGCUACCUCUGUGUGCCCUGGGGGGGACUGUGCUGAGAGCCCCCCCCAAAAAACUGCCCCAUUCCCUUGGACAGAGGGUGGUGGGGCUCAUUGCGUGACUGACCAUUUGACUUGUUCUGUUUUUUGCUCUAGAUUUCCUUUGCUUUUAUUAUCAUCAUUAUUUUUCUUCUAUAAAAUUGAAGACACGUUU